UAUAGAGGUGAUGCGGGUUACAUCUGCUGCGAGUGUAUACAUUACAAUCCUAAUUUUCUGGGUUUAGUGUAGUUAAUCGAUUAGCAUAGCUAAAUCAUGACUCGUGAUCAUGUGCAAAUUCCAAUCGACCCAGAUGAUGCAAACUGGAGGGGAAGAUGCAACAGGAGGAUGAAGGAGCUGAAGAAUAAGCAAUUCCCAAGUGAUGAUGCAGCCUCAUCGGGACUAAUGCAUAAGGAACUUAUUGGGGAGAAAAACGUGAUGAUUCCUGAGUUGUACAAAGGUGUUGAAAAAGAAAAGGUGGAUGAGUUUGUGGAUGUGUUGGAACAAGUUUGUGUGCAAAGGAAACUAGCUUUGUGCGAUGUUUUUGAUCAAGUGACACGUGCAGGUGAUUCAAUGCUUCACAUGGCAGUGCGUUUGGGGAAAGAGAAGAUUGUGGAGCUGAUUUCUCGUCACUUUCCUAAGCUUCUUAUUAGGAGAAACGUGAGAGGGGACACUCCACUUCAUGUUGCUGUGAGGUUCAAGCACUGUGGCAUAGUCAAGCUCAUUCUCUCACAAUAUGGCACAGAGAAGGCAAAACAUGAUGGCAUGAAGGAUAUAACAAGAGAGAAAAAUGAACAUGGGGACACCCCUUUGCACGAGGCUGUGAAUAGUAAGGAUUUUGGUGUGGUUAAAGUGAUUUUUGAUGCAGAUAAGGAUGUGGUCCAUUGUUUGAACAAGUCAAAGCGAUCACCACUGUUUUUGGCAGUUGUGAAUGGGAAUAAAGACAUUCUGAAUCUUCUAUUGAAAAUUCCAUUCCCUGCAGAUAAACGGCUUCCACAGCACUUUGGAAACUCUCCACUCCAUGCAGCAAUACUGGAACGGAAUCCUGAUCUAAUAGAAGAGAUACUAAAGGAAAGACCAGAGCUAGUGUAUUUAAGGGAUGAACAUGGAGGUACUCCACUUCAUUAUGCAGCUUAUGUUGGUUAUGAUGAAGGAUUUCAUAUACUGUUACAAAAUUCGAAAUCAGAUCAAACUGCCUUAGAAGGGAACAAGAAAGGUCAUCUUCCUAUUCACCUUGCAUGCAAAAAGGGUCAUAUUAAGGUGGUAAAAAAAUUCCUUCAACAUGAAUGGCCUAUUAAACUUCACCUUCUCCUCAAUCAAAAGGGUCAGAACCUUCUUCAUGUUGCGGCCAAAAAUGGAAGAAGUAAUGUGGUACAAUACCUUUUGAAAAAUCCGAAGAUUAAUGACGUUACUAUAAACCAAACAGACAAUGAUGGAAACACUCCACUGCAUUUGGCUUCAAUGAAUUUAUUCCCUAGAGUUGUGUACUUUAUGACCGGAGAUAAGAGGACAAAAGUGGAUCUCUUGAAUAACAAGGGUUUAAGGGCUCAAGAUAUCGUUCGUCUGGCUGGGAAAAAUCAAAGGUCGAUUCGACAGUUCCUUGCUAAUCUAGUAUUUAAAGAAGCUGGCGUCCCCUUGAAGGUGAAUGAUGUGUUAUAUUCUCAUCACCAACCAUCACCAAAACCAGAAAUGAGUUUAAAAGAUCUCCUAAACACAUUUUUAGUGGUGGCCACAUUGAUGGUCACUGUGACUUUUGCUGCUGCUUUCACUGUGCCAGGAGGUGUAUAUGGUUCUGAUGAUCCAGACCCAGAAAAGAGAGGGAUGGCAGUUUUGGCUCAUAAACCAUUUUUUUGGGUAUUCACCACCUUCAACGUGAUAGCUAUGUAUAGCUCCGUAAUUGCAUGUGGACUUAUGUUGAUGGCAAUGAUUUUUGAUCGUAAAUUGGCAACACGAGUAACUAUUCUUGCAAUGUUGUGCUUGGUUAUUGCCUUUUUAACAGUACCUGUAGCAUUUAUGGCUGCUGUACGUUUAGUUGUGGCCAAUGACUCUGCACUUGCCCUUCUUAUAACUAUCAUCGGAGGUUUGUACACUUUUCUCAUCUUGUUGGCUUUGCUCUCGGGAUUUUUUCCCGUUGGAAUUGGCCUUAAGAUUCCUCUAUUGCGUCAUGCUGGUAGACUCGUUCUCUGGAUUUUAAUCACAAAAUUAAUAGAUUAUGAUGAUAAGCCUCAGAAAGAGGACAAGACAAGGAUGGUUAAUUAGAGGAGCAUACAUGUGUAAUAAGGAGAUUGAACCAUGUAUUGGUGUAUAUUGUACUGCUUUCAUCGGAUAAAAUGAGAAUGA